UCAGUACUGUAACAAAAAUGUUGAACUUGGUGAGAAUUUGAAGAUAAGUAGGUUUCUCUUUUGGCCAGUCCAAAGAGACUUUCCAUUCAUGAUCCGAGAGUUGUGGGCACGGUGCGAUCGAACUGGCCAUAACUUCCAUCGUAUGGUUUACUACCUAGAACCUCCCAACCUUGUCUUUCCCCUGUUCGUGUCCCUCUAGAACGCGCGCAAGAACACGCGAACGAAGCGUCGGCGUCCCGUCCUAGCUCCCAACUUAAUUGCAGCGAACAAUUAUUGUUGGAGCUUCGUCUUGUCUUAACUGUCGCCGUCGCUGUCAUGGAAGCGGGCAGCAGAAGAGCCGAAGGCGAUCUUUGCACGGCGCAAGAAUCGUCAGAGGACGUGGCGAGGCGCGGCGGCGCCAUGAGGACCCGCGUGUGCGCGCGCGUCGGCACCCCGCAGGGCGUCGGGGCACUGCUCCUCGUCGGGGGCGCGAUCGUCGGCGCCGCUGUCCUAGCGUGGCGGCGCCGCGGCGACGGCAAGGACGCCAAGAAGGACCACCGCUGCAAGGAGGACGACGUUCUGGAUGGUGGGGUUGUGGAGAGCGAGCAGGUGUGGCCGCCUGAGGUUUCAUUGCAGAAGUCUGAUCAAUCUGAUGAGAAUCUGGGCAGGGAGGAUAGAGAGGUUGAAGCCGAUGGGCUGGAUGGUAAGGAAGCAGAGGAGCUUCAUGAGAUUCAGGAGCAGGUGGAUGAAAUCGUUGCUGAUGAAUUGGACAGCGAACCUACAGAUAAUUCUGAUCCAAACGCAAGCAAGGAACGUGCCGAGACUGUUAACGAUGUGGACAUCGAAGAUGUGAAGAAUCCUGACCAAAAUCCAGUGAAGAGCUGCGUCGAGGAUGAGGUCACACCAAAUGCCACAGAAGGUGUGAAGAACUCUGAUGAUAGCGCUCUUACCAUCAACAGCCCGGAGAUCGCCCAUGAAGAACAUAUUGGGCACAGCCAAGAGACCGCAUCAACACGGAUGGUAGCGCAUCAAUCACAAAUCUCAGAGCAACUGAAAGUGGAUACUAUGACUGAAAUAGCGACAGUGGAGAAUGUGUUGAAGCACGAGGAGGAGAAACCACCGGCACAAGAGCCAGUCGCGCCCAUCAACUCACCAGUGUGUCCUUCACUGCCAGCUCUGUUCAAGCCAGCAGAGAAGAAGAGACCAGCGAACAUGGGGCGGAAUGAGACUGGAAUGAAGCUUGGACAAGAUGGCGGCAGCAAGAAGGCGGCGGAAAAGGGUGUAGCCGUGGUGACCAUGGAUCGUAGAGCUGCUUCAAUGGCCAUUCUCGCCAUCAUCUUCGCAAUGACCAUUGGAGCAAACGUUAUCAUGCGCUUGUAUUCCACUUUGCGAGCGGCAUGAUCAUGUUCAGAUGAACUUGCACUAUGGUCGGGACGCACCAUAUGGCUUGUUCUCCGCACGAAGAAACGCAGCUUCUUUCGUCCAAGUGUGAAACCUGAAGUUGCCAGGGUCAGGUGGAGUUGCAUGGACUGGCGAAAAAUCCCACGGGAGUACAAAUAAUGAGGCUGAUGCUACCAUUGCAUUUUAGUUCGCCUAUAUAUGGGUAGUAGGCCUGAUGUAGGAACCAGUUACAGUAUGGCGAAUUGUCUUAAAAUCUUGAGAAUAUUGUGUGCAGAGUUUUUGUA